AUGUGGCGGCUUCAUGCCGUAACUCCACGUCGGCGCAGAAUAGCUCAGAAUACAUCUCAGCCAACUGGUUCAUUGCUCCAUGGAAUUCUGACAAAAGCGCAAACGCCGAGGUCUACGACUUUUUCACCUACUUUAGCAAGAUUACUCACUGCGCCUGAAAGAGAAAGGAAUUCUUCAGCGACGGUGGCAGCGGCAGCGGCGGCGUCAGUGUCUAUGUCGCAGCAAAACGCUACAACUCAACACCUUUUGCAGACUUACCAAGGCUCUAAUCUGGUUUCUAUAAAUGAUCUCCUAUCUUCUUCCAAGGCUCGCACCGAGAUAACUAUUACCCCCGUCGUUAACACUUCCGCGCAAUCUCACUCCAACGAUUUAAUUCAUGUGGAGGAUGUAGAGGAAGAUACAACGGUAAUUGACGAUAGAAAAGGGAACUCAGUGGUCGGAAGAGAUAGUAAACAACCAGUAAAGGAUAAUCCACCUUCACCAAGCGCUCCACCAAAAUGUCAGGGAUGCAUAAUUCGUCCCGCACAAUUCGUUUGCGCUGGAUGUGGAAAUCAGUGGUAUUGUAGUCGUUCAUGUCAGCUUGCUGCAUGGGCAACACACUCCGACCAUUGUCCGCCAGAGCCCGAGAACAGCAAAACUAAGAGCAAUGUUUAACGCCCGAGGUCCUUACACGCCCG